AUGCGGCGAGUUGAGCAGGAUUGGAACGUGGUUGAACCCACUACUUCUCCCAAGGGCAAUUGCGUCGCUGUAGGCGACGCACUCUUCACUCUCGACGAAGCUUUGCUCGACCCAGAAUCCGCUUGCCAGUUUGAGCACACCUGGAAUGCACCUGGCAGCACCGAAGAAAGCCGUGGAACUAGCUCCAACCCCCACCUCUCGUCCCUAAACGUUUUGCAGAUGCAUCGGCACAAAUUCCCACGCCUCCCAGCAGUAGCGCCCAUCUCACUCAACCCCGCCUCACUCGCGACCUCGAUCCCAGCAUUUGAGACGGUAUCAACAGACACGAGAGCUUCUCCCUCGACGACCCUCCACACUCGCACCGAGCCGCGCACCCCGAUCGCAAAUACCUUUCGCAUCGGCGAAGAGCGCGUGUACGAGAUAUCAGCGGUUCAAUGA